CUCUCGUGGAUGCACCCACUGCCGCACGCACCGCGCGAGAUAACACCUGGCCUACCAGCCUGCUCAGCACACCAUCCUCCCUGGAAGGAAACACCUGUGACCCUUGCAUGCCUACUUCAACAAAGUCUAGAGUCUAGACCCAGCCUAGAGGGCUAAUGUGUAGAGAAGCGCAGAAGUGGGAAGCGGGAGUGCGGGAGUGGGAUUGAAAACGCGGAGGAACCUCUGAGGAACCAACGGAGCGCACGAACCCACCAAUAGGACAGUAAGACCACAUCUCUCCUCCGAGCCGCCAAGAUCCUCUUGCAGACUGGGCAGCACGGCUGGGAAAAUGGAUGACCUACUUCAACCAACAUGCUGGGCAGGCAUGCAGGCGAUGGGAACCCUGCUGGGUACGAUGUUUGGAUUUGUGUCUGCUGCUCUUCUCACGCCGAUCCACGGCGGGGAGAGAGAGCACGGGUUGCCGGCUGCUCCUGGCGUGGUUAUGGGGUCCUCUCUCGGCGUACUUGCAGCCUACUCGGCAGGGGAAGGGACCCAGCCCCUCCGACGACUGGUCUACCUUCUGCUGCUCAGCGUGGGGGCAGCCGCAGUGACAACCGCAGCAUGUAGCUGGCUAGCGGGCGAUGUCGUCCACAAUGGCGGGAGCGUUGGCAUCAUGGUGCUGGCAACAGUGGCGUCGCUAGGCUCGACGGCGGUCUUCACCAUUGAAAAGCACAACAUGCUGAUCACACGAGCAGCCACGACUGCGGCAUUCGAUGACCGCGAGCGACACGAAGGAUUGUCACAUCUCCACGAGGAGUCCUUGAUGGAUAUCAAGGCGAUCUGAAAUGUACGACAUCAAGUGGUGUGGUUAAAAGCGUUUGAAAUCAGUAGUUCUACGGUGGUUCCUUGUAAAUGUUUGUACAGAGCCGAAGUGUUUAAGGAUCAGAGCGUAGGUGAUAAAGGUCAAUACGGUCAGGCAACGUUGGAAGGCUUGGUGUGUGCUGGUAUGAUCUGGUAUGUUGAGAACGAAGGUCUUGCUGUUGGAGUGUGGAAGUUUGUCGUCGAAGGGCCCUCUCACGACACGAGGUUUGGGGGACCCCUCGCAAAACGCCACCAUUGGCGCAGAUUUGUUCUCGCACUCUAGCUGCCGUGCGGUGAGAUCAUGUGCGUCGGCUACGUGGGUUGAUUCCACCGCCGUGCCACCUGCUGCUUGUCUUGCGGCCCCCUAAAAUCCGGAUGAAAGUUACACGCGCUGGUCGAUAUCGACGUGCGUGCACGGGCGGCGCCGAUUGAUACCGCCCGGCC